AUGGCUUCCUCAACCACCACGUGCACCACGGCAACCCCGCCUCCCUUUUCCAGAUUAGACCUUGGCGAGGUCAACUCGAUGCUCAACGGCCACCGCGAGUUCCUCGUCAAGAACAAAGACAGACUCCCGUUUGAGCCAGCCGAGAGGGAGGCAAGGGGCCGCGAUCGGCCGGGCCGGUCGGGUACCUAUCCCCACGACACGGCCGUCAGCAGCGCCCUCAGCUCCCCGCCCUUCACUGACUCCCCCACUAGCCUUCUCGGCGAGGGCUCUGAUGAGCACGCCCAGACUGAGGGUCGUCCUCGGCCAAGAACAUGGAAAUCUGAUCACCGGGUGUCCAUGGGCCCGGAGAAGGCAUGGUCGAUCGGUUCGGGGGAUGUGGCGAAUGGCCAAGACGGCCAGGUUGAAAAGUCCAUCACCGAGGUUCUCGCGGGCGUAGAGCCCAAUGCACGCAGCCGAAAGGCUAGUCACAGCCUUCGCUUCUUCAAGGAAGGUCUUCCUGAAGAGAAGGGAAAGCGGAAGGACUCGCGUAUUGUGCUGCCCGCGCGGGAAAAGUCGCCCGUCAGAGGGGAGAAGCUUGCUGACAUUGAAGAGCUGUCCAAAAGCGGCGAAGGGAAGAAGGCCCAGAGUGUCGACGUCGAAGAAGGGCAGGACCAGUCUCACUUUUUGCCCGCGCGUACUCCAGACGUACAUCCACUUCGGGGGUCUCCCGAAGAGUACUUCCUCCCGAGACAUGGCGAUCCCUCUGGGCGGGAUGCGACCACCAAACCGGGACCGCCCGGCCCGGAGUCGGGCGCUCAUGAGGACGUCGAGCCAGGCCCUCAAUUAGAACCGCUGAGCGGAUUUGAUAAUGCUGGUGGCGAACUCGGGGAGGUUGUUGAGGAAGGCGAUGAGUCUAGCGAGGAAAAGAUCUCGUCAGCCGUCUUCUUACCGCAUCAGACACCCGAGCAGUCGCGGGAGCAUUCACCGGUGCCCGGUGCGCUCCAGAGAGCCGCUCUGUCAAGAAAGCAUUCGCGACACGAUGAUUUCCAUCCCUGGCUUGUUAAGGCUGAUGAGCCCGAAGUGGAUGAUAAAGAGGACAGCGUGGAUUACGAAACAAAGAUCAAGUCAGACGCUGCAGAAACUCCCAGUGUAGCUUCAGAGGUAGCCUUCAGGCAGGUUGAUGAACCCGUGGUUCUUGAUGAACGUGAACCUGAUGCCCCAACGCCAAACCGCUCUCGCCCGGUUUCCCAGUAUUUUGACGAAGCGGCCCACGACCACCAGUUAAGUCCCAGGCAACCGCUGGAGGCAAUCGAGCUCAUUCCCUAUAAGCAUCAGGUUGGAGGGCACACCACCCUUUGGAGGUUUUCUCGCCGAGCUGUGUGUAAGCAGCUGAACAAUCGCGAGAAUGAGUUCUACGAGAAGGUCGAGAAGUAUCAUCGCGAUCUCCUUGCUUUCCUGCCCAGAUACAUUGGGGUUUUGAACGUGACGUUCCAGAAGCAACCGCGCCGCAAGUCGACUAUCAGGCGUGACGAGGUCACUGCGCCGGAGCGCUUGCAAGGCGAUCUGAGCGAACCCGGCGCAAACGGGAGCGCUAUUGGAACCGCACUAGGCGACGUCACACACCAGCCUUCUGAGCACCAAGUUUCUGACGCGCGCCCGAGGGUGGUCAGCCAGUCGCUCCAAUCUUCAUCUUCUUCCGGCCAGAUACCAACCGUCACGUUUGUCGAUAAUCAACACAUCCUGCCGCGAAAUCUCCUGCAGCCGACUGCGAACCUCACGAGUUUUUCUGGCCGUUUUCGGAGUACGUCCGCAUCUGGAACCGGAUCAGAGCCUCAAGGCCAGAGUGGGAGUGGUUCUGAAAGUCGGGAGAAUGGGUCACGCCCGAGCCUCCAGGACCGUCAUGCCAACAGCUGGGGUGCCACGACAGUGAACAAGAAACUGCGCAAUGAAGUCUUCAAUGACGCCUUCCUGAAGCAGCCGAUUGCCAUCCAUCGCCACCGAAAGGGACACCAGGGACGCCCAGUUCCCCGGCGGGCCCUCCAGCAAACGCUCAGACAGUCCGGUUCCGAUCCCAGCCUGAUGGUAUCGAACGAGACGAGAAUCCAGACCGAUGCUGGCACUGGCGGGCAGUCUGGUCACCUGAACGGUAGCAGCCCUCUCGCGCAGACCCGGAGCGAUCUGGGGCCGACACGCGAGUACUGCGACGUUGAUGAUGAAAAUGCGCCGAAGGACGUGACAGGGACUAGUGCCCCCGAGCCCGAGAUUCUGAAAGAUUCGUCACCCGCGCAAAAGAAGAAGCGCCGCUAUUCUGGUACUGGUCUCCGCCGGAAACCACGGGAUGUUAGGGACGACCGGGGUGACCUUAAGUAUUUUGAAGAGGCGGAUGAAGCGGGUUACAAAGGCGACCGUGAGGAGUCUACGCCUCUUGAGUCGCGAAAGCCGUCUCCACGCCGCCAACACUUCGCAUGUGGCUCUACCAACGGGAAUGCUGAAGGCUAUCAGGAGUCUCGCGGCCCAACCCCAGCCUUCGAAUACAACAAGAUUCCCCGGCCGAUCAACCCCAAGGAAGCGCAGACGCAGCGCGACUCUCGGGUCGAGUACUUCCUCCUCCUGGAGGAUCUCACAGCCGGCAUGAAGCGCCCCUGCAUCAUGGACCUCAAGAUGGGGACGCGCCAGUACGGCGUCGACGCCAGCCCCAAGAAACAGAAAUCGCAGCAGGGCAAGUGCGCGCAGACGACAUCGCGCGAACUGGGCGUCCGCCUGUGCGGGCUGCAGGUGUGGGACGUGGCCACGCAGAGCUAUGUCUUCAAGGACAAGUACUACGGGCGCGAGCUGAAGAAGGGCCCGGAAUUCCAGGCGGCGCUGACGCGGUUUCUGUACGACGGCCUCGACCCGUCAAGCAUCCUCCGCCACAUCCCCACCGUCCUGCAGAAGCUGGACGAGCUCGAGGUCAUCAUCAAGCGCCUGCGGGGGUACCGCUUUUACGCGGCCAGCCUGCUGAUGUUUUAUGACGGCGACGACACAAGUAACAACAACAAUUAUAAUAGUAAUAAUACCAACAACAACAACAACAACAACAACAACAACAACAACGGUUACAGCAUGGUGGAGGACUCGACGACGGAUUUCGCGACGGACACGGAGGAGGCACCCCGCAGCCGGUCGAAGCGGAACAGGAAGGAGAUUGACUUCAAAAUGGCCGACUUUGCGAAUUGUGUGACGGCUGCAGACUUGGCCAAGGACCGCCCCUGCCCGCCCAAGCACCCGGGCGAACCGGACCGCGGGUUUCUUAGGGGUUUGAGGAGCCUCAGGAGGUAUUUCCUCCGUAUCCAGAGGGACACGCGCGCCGAGAUGGGGUUGGGAGUCGUGGCGCAGAGGAAUGGGCAUGGGCAUCAGGGGCAUGUGGUGGAUUUGGAUCGGGAGGAGGGGGAGGCGGGGAUGGAGGGGGAUGAUGACGAGGGGUCGGUUAGUGAAUGA